UCUCUCUCUCUCUCCACCCCCAUAAUAAUAUCUCUUCUCCAAUCUAAUUCCGUGUUCUGUCAUUCAAUCAAACUCUCCACUUACGGGAAAUGGACGUUAAUGGGAGAUCUUGCAGCUCUGCAACUCAAAGUGAUGAAGAGAUGGACCUCAGGCGAGGUCCAUGGACUGAUCAAGAGGACCUCACACUCAUCAAUUACAUUACUAGCCAUGGCGAAGGUCGCUGGAACUCCCUUGCUCGACACGCAGGUCUGAAAAGAACAGGAAAAAGCUGCAGAUUGAGAUGGUUGAACUACCUACGACCAGAUGUUCGACGUGGAAACAUAACCCUUCAAGAACAGCUUUUAAUCCUCGAGCUUCAUUCUCGUUGGGGUAAUCGGUGGUCCAAGAUCGCUCAACACUUGCCAGGAAGAACAGACAACGAGAUUAAGAAUUACUGGAGAACAAGAGUUCAAAAACACGCAAAGCAACUCCAAUGCGACGUGAACAGCAAACAAUUCAAAGAUACCAUGCGUGAUCUAUGGAUCCCAAGAUUGGUCGAGAGAAUCCAAGCGGCCACUAUCUCAGCUUCUGCCUCGGCCAACUUCACCAUCAACAACAACCUCACAGGCGCCGGCGGCGGCCCGGUCCUGCCCACUACUAGCAACCAUAAUUUGGGCUUCGUCCCAAGUUUCAUGCCGGAUAAUUCCAGCACCGGCGGUUCAUCAGACUCAUUGGGAACCCAAAUUUCUACGGUUUCAGACCUGACCACCGAUUACUACAGUUUCACAGCCACCAACACCAAUGGAUUCCAAUCGGGAUCAACUCAGGUUAGCUACCCAGAUUGCUUAACCAGCCCGAUUGCUUACUUUAACCAUGGAUUGGAUAUCCAAGCUUUUGAGCAGAACAACAACAACAACAACAACAACAAUAACGUCUGGUUGGGUGGUGAGGACGUAUCAGAGAAUUUGUGGAAUGCUGAGGACAUUUGGUUUUUACAGGAGUAGCCAUUAAUCAAUCAAGGAGGAUCAUCUAGUUUGUAGAAGUUAAAGAGGAAAGAAGGAAAGAGAAGCAGAACGAAAAUAGAUUAAAAAUUAUAAAGAGGAGAAAGAACAACAGUUUAAUUACCAUUUAAUUAUGGAUUUUUCAAGUGUUUAUUAUUACUUUGGUUGGGGGUAAGGGAAGCAAUAUGUGUACUAAGUACUUCAGUUUAAAUACAAAUCUCAUUCUUUUGAUCAUUUGUCUUUGUAAUGAGGGCAUUUAGAAACUUUGGUUUUGGAUUU